UUGAAGUCAAGUGAAAAUAUUGCAGAAAAAAUAUAUAUUGCAGAAAAUUUUGCAAAAAUCAACUAUUUUUAUAAAGAAAUCUAUAUAAAUAAACAAAUAUUUUCUAUAUUCAAGUAGUUAGUAACAAUAAUUAAACAAUACGUUCAAAUUUAAAGCAAAAUAUUUGAUAUUUUCUUGAAAUAUCAACAAAGAAAAAAAUUGUGUUUUCAAUUUUUGCUUAAAGUGUUUGUGUGAGUGUGUGAGAAAGAAAAAAAUCUUUUCAUUAUUUUUUUUUUUUGUGACCCUUAUCUUAUUUUGCUCGUAUGCUAUCUUCAAGUUCUCCCAUUACUUUAGCGGGGAGUCUAAAUAGCACAACAUCAGCAGCCAUGCAGCAGCAAUCGAAUGCUUUUUCCGCUUAUGGCGAUAAAGCCCAAAUGGGUUUGGACAUUGAAUAUGGCACAGAUCCGGCUAGCGGGGCCAUAUUUAAGUAUGAAGGCCGCAAACACGAUGACUUGAAACAAAUGUUGGAUAGCAACAAAGAUGGUUUGAAAUUAGAGGCCAUGAAACGUAUAAUUGGCAUGAUAGCCAGAGGCCGUGAUGCUGGUGAUCUGUUUCCUGCAGUGGUCAAGAAUGUAGUUUCGAAAAAUAUAGAAGUCAAGAAAUUGGUUUACGUAUAUUUGGUGCGUUAUGCGGAGGAACAACAAGAUUUGGCCUUGCUAUCCAUUUCCACAUUCCAAAGGGCUCUCAAGGAUCCCAAUCAAUUAAUAAGAGCCUCAGCUUUAAGGGUAUUGUCUUCUGUAAGGGUGGCCAUGAUAGUGCCUAUAGUAAUGUUGGCCAUACGGGACAGUGCCUCAGAUAUGAGUCCCUAUGUGCGCAAGACAGCAGCACAUGCCAUACCCAAGCUGUAUUCAAUAGAUCCGGAACAAAAGGACGAGUUGGUAACAGUUAUAGAAAAAUUGCUCUCUGAUCGCACCACCUUGGUAGUGGGUUCCGCAGUAAUGGCGUUUGAGGAGGUUUGCCCCGAACGUGUUGACUUGAUCCACAAAAACUAUCGUAAACUUUGCAACCUUUUGGUGGAUGUAGAUGAAUGGGGUCAGGUGAUUAUUAUCAAUAUGUUGACGCGUUACGCACGUACACAAUUUGUUGAUCCAAAUGCCGACGAGCCAACUGACGAUGACAACGCACAAAGUUCCGAAGAAAACAAAAAGUUUUACGAUGAAGAUUCGGAUGAAAGCGAUUCGAAUGCCAGCGAUGAUGAUGAUGGCAAUAAAAAGUCCAAACAUAAUCAAAACAGUAAAAAACAGUCUUCAACUUCAUCACCCUCAUCUAGCUAUCAUGUAGAUCUGGAUCAUCGUUUGUUAUUGAGGCAGACAAAACCAUUGCUACAAUCACGCAAUGCUUCGGUAGUAAUGGCUGUGGCUCAAUUGUAUCACCAUGUAGCUCCGCGCCAGGAAGUGCAACUCAUAGCGAAAGCCCUUAUACGUCUGCUACGUUCACACAAAGAGGUACAAAGUGUGGUGUUGACCUGUAUAGCUUCAAUGUCUACGAAACGCAAGGUGAUCUUUGAAGCCCAUAUUAAAUCAUUUUUUGUACGCACAAGUGAUCCUACCCACAUUAAAUUGUUGAAAUUGGAAAUUCUAACUAACUUGGCUUCUGCGGCCAGUAUCUCUUUAAUUUUAAGGGAAUUUCAAACUUACAUUUCCAGUAAUGAUCGUCCAUUUGUGGCUGCCACCAUACAAGCUAUAGGCAGAUGUGCUGGUACAAUUAAGGAAGUAACAGAAACUUGUCUCAGUGGUUUGGUCCACUUACUGUCGAAUCGUGAUGAACAUGUGGUAGCCGAGAGUGUAGUGGUCAUUAAAAAAUUGCUGCAAACAAAGGCAGCCCAGCACUUUGAUAUUAUCUCUCAAAUGGCAAAACUUUUGGACUUUAUUAAGGUACCAGCUGCCAGAUCUUCGAUCAUAUGGCUUAUAGGAGAGUAUAGUGAAAAAGUACCCAAAAUAGCUCCGGAUGUAUUGAGAAAAAUGGCCAAAACAUUUGUAGAUGAAGAGGAUGUGGUUAAGUUGCAAGUUCUUAAUUUGUCUGUGAAGUUGUAUCUCACAAAUCCCCAGCAAACUUCAUUGUUGUGUCAAUAUGUUUUCACUUUGGCUCGCUACGAUGUCAACUAUGAUAUACGAGACAGAGCUAGAUUCCUAAAGCAGUUUAUAUUUCCUAACAACGGCGAGAGUAAUGUUUUAUCGGAUGUAGCCAAAAAGGUUUUCCUAUCAGCUAAACCAGCUCCCACCUUGGAGAGCAAGUAUCAUACCCGUAAUCUCUAUCAAUUGGGUUCUUUAUCACACUACUUGAAUAUGCGCUGUUCGGGUUACAAUGAUUUGCCCGGCUUUCCAGAACAACCUUCUGAUCCAACAGUUCGCAAUGUGGAUGGUUUUAUGCAGGAAAAUACUAGCAAAAUGUCGAAUCACUUGUCAAACAAUCAACAACAUCACACACCCCAAAAAGAGAACAACUCGAAACAAAAGAAGAAUAAGAAAACGGAAAAUUCGUUCUUUUCUGAGUCAGAAGAGAAAUCAUCAGAAUAUUCAAGCUCAAGUGAAUCCUCCUCGGGCUCAUCCUCUUCAUCGGACACAGAUUCAGAUGAUGAGAAUAAAAAUGAGACCACCAAAGAGGUGGUGGUAAAAGAAGCUCAAGUGCAUAACACAAACAAUAAUAAGAAAUCGAUUGAUUCUACGAAAAAUAAUAAUAUUGUUAACAAUACCAAUGGUUCUGGUACUUCAGAUUCUGAAUCCUCUUCUUCCUAUGGCUCCUCAUCGUCUUCGGCCAGUGAAUCUUCAGAUUCAGAAUCCGAUACAGACACCGAAGAUGAAACACCAGCCAAAAACAAUAACAAAAAUGUCAAUUCCAACAAGGCAGAAACAGAAAAUAAAAAAGAUAAAAAAAGUAAUUUAGAUUUACUUUUAGAUUUAGAUGACAUACCUCCUAUAGGACCGGUAAUGACUCCUUCUCUGGGUGGCUUUCUAACACCAGGCACUCCUUUAACAGGCUCUCACACUGCUGCUUUAAUACCCCAACCAAUGGCUAAUCGCAUAGAUCUGGUGGGCCCUUCUUUUAUCUCAUACAACCACAAAGAAUUAUUAAACAAACUUUCUGGACAUGGCCUACAAGUUAGCUAUCGCUACACACGUUCUCCUCAUCUCUAUUCUUCAGCCAUGGUAUCGAUAGAACUGCAAUUCAUUAAUCAAGGCACCGAGGAAAUUUCCAAUAUACAAAUGGGUCAAAAAUCUUUGCCGCCAGGCAUGCAAAUGCAGGAAUUUGCCCCCAUCAAUCUACUAAACCCGGGACAGUGUGCCACCAGUGUUAUGGGCGUGGAUUUUAACGAUUCCACACAUGCAAUCGAUUUUGAAAUCUGCUCAAACAAUGGUACUUCGCGUGUGACAUUUAAACCCAUAAUUGGAGAACUUAUACGCUCCAUACACAUUACGGAAACAUUAUUCAAAGAAGAACGACUCAAGCUUAGAGGCAUGAAUGGACAUCAAACAAAAUUGAAACUGAAACAGGAUACUGUUGAGGCCACAUCAUUGAAACAAAAAAUAUUUGAAUGCAUUAAUGUAGCCGCCAUAAACACUGGCAACACUGACAAUCCGAUCUAUAACUUUGUAGGGCAAACCAUGACUUCGAAGAGUCUGGUACUAAUCAGCUGUGAUUGGUCUCAGUCUUCCGAAGAUUUAGUGGUUCAAGUUAACUGUGAAAAAAUGGUUAUUGGCUCGAUGGUUUUAAAUGAAAUUACAAGUUCUUUAAAUGCCACAUUUAAAUAUUGAAUUUGCGCAACGAACUAAAAAAUUUGGAAAUAAAUAGAAUCAAACCAGAAAAUAUCCUAUAAAAACGAUUAUUUGAAAUUAGCUUUUAAGUUAAAUUUUGUGUGUCGACCUCAAUGUUAAAUAAUAUCGGAAUGUGUAUUAUCUUAAAUGUUGUAAACUAAAAUGCCUUGUUACUUUUUUCUUUUUGAUUUUAUCAUAUUUCUUGAAUACGGUUUCGUUCAAGAAAGCUUUGUUUUUUUUUCAAAAUUGAGGAAUUUUAAAGUAGUUAUUUUGCCUAUUGAAUAAUACAUUUAUUUUUUAUGAAUUUAUUAAGUAAAAUUCCAUAAAAAAGAAGGGAAUUGUGUAAAAAAUUGGUAAAUGAAAAAUAUUCUGAUAUCUUUUUUAGCUCAGAAAAAGACUUGAAUUUUUGCUGCAAUGUGUUUCGUAACUCAAAUGCCAAGGUUAUAUAUAAGUUUGUCAUUCCGUUUUUAAUUUCCAAAUUACUUACACACCUUAUUUAUACAUCAAUAUACCCGCUAUUUUCACGCUUCGGUCGCUAUAUAAAUGGCUGAGAUAUAGCAAAAAAUCACGACUACCUUGAUUUUUUAUCUAUAUCUGGAUUACUAAGUCAUUAACAGACAAUAUGGAUAUCUAAUGAUAGACAUCUUAAAGCCUUUCUAUUUGGACCGAUAAUGAGUCAAAAUCGGGAAAAAAAUGAUUUUUUCACUCUUUUUUUGUAAAUUUUUGGAUAAAGAAAUUUAAAAAAAAAAGUUCAUCAACAAUUUACAGAAAGAUGUUACUGUACUAAAGUAUCUCAUAAUAAAAUAUUGCUUUUUUAUUCUUUAAUUUUUUACACAAUUCUUUAAAAAAAACUAUUUAAUGUGUUAAUAUUAAAAUAUUCUAUAUGCAAAUUAUAUAUAUGAAAUAGCUAAUAAAGCAAAUAUUGCAUUAAAUCUUUACUAUUCUAAGCAAUUUUUGAAAUACUUUGCAAUUUUCAGGCUUAAAAGUCUCUCCUCUAGAUGUUUAAACCACUUUAAGGUUUCGUUAACACAAUUUUCUAUGGCUAAGCUUUUUAAAUAAAGAAAUUAAAAAAUAAAUACAAA